GAGUUCCGGCGGCGAGGGCGCUUGCGCGCAGUCUCUUCCUUGGUCCUCCUAGGGGCGCGGGAGUAGUUGUCUUGGUUACGGGUCUUAACGGUCCCCAAUCUGAAAUUCCUUCUGGAGGAGCUGCAACCUGAGUUUCUGUGUGGGGGACACUUUCAGCUCCUUGAAGAGGCGGCGGUAGUGGCUGGUCCAGCCUUGGACGUGGAGUAGUUGAAUCUUUCCAGAAAAUUGAAAUUGAAUUGGAGAAGAAAACUGAGCCAUUAAAAAAAUGUCUCGAAAAAUUGCCAGGGCAUCAAAAAAAGUGAACAUCUCUAGCUCUCUGGAAUCUGAAGAUAUUAGUUUAGAAACAACAGUUCCUACGGAUGAUAUUUCAUCAUCAGAAGAGCGAGAUGGUAAAAUCAAAAUCACCCAGCAACUAAUCGAACGCAAGGAAUUACUUCAUAAUAUUCAGUUACUGAAAAUAGAGCUGUCCCAGAAAAAUAUGAUGAUAGACAACUUGAAAGUGGAUUAUCUUACGAAGAUUGAAGAAUUAGAAGAGAAACUUAAUGAUGCACUUCACCAGAAGCAGCUACUAACAUUGAGAUUAGACAGUCAAUUGACUUUUCAACAAAAGGAUGCCAGAAAAUAUCAAGAACUAAUGAAACAAGAAAUGGAAACUAUUUUAUUGAGACAGAAGCAACUAGAAGAGACAAAUACUCAGCUAAGAGAGAAGGCGGGAGAUAUUCGCCGAAACUUGCGUGACCUUGAAUUGACAGAAGAGCAAUAUGUGAAACUAAAAGAUUUUCCUGAAGACCAGCUUUCUAUUCCCGAAUAUGUAUCUAUGAGGUUCUAUGAACUAGUGAAUCCAUUAAGAAAGGAAAUCUCUGAACUGCAAGUGAAAAAGCAUGAACUAUCAGAGGAAUUAAGUGAAAACAAAGGCCACUUGAAACAACUAACAGAGACUUAUGAGGAAGAUCGAAGAAAUUACUCCAACCUUCAAAUUAGAUGUCAACGUUUGGCUUUAGAAUUAGCAGACACAAAACAGUUAGUUCAGCAAGGGGAUUACCGUCAAGAAAACUAUGAUAGAGUCAAAAGUGAGCGUGAUGCACUUGAACAGGAAGUAAUUGAGUUACGGAGAAAACAUGAAAUACUUGAAGCCUCUCACAUAACUCAAGCUAAAGAAAGAAGUGAAUUAUCAAAAGAGGUAACCACCUUACAGCAGACUGUUACUUUGCUGCAAAAAGAUAAAGACUAUCUCAAUCGCCAAAACAUGGAGCUUAGUGUUCGCUGUGCCCAUGAAGAAGGUCGCCUUGAAAGACUUCAGGUUCAACUUGAAGAAGCCAAAAAGGCUAGAGAAGAGAUGUAUGAAAAAUAUGUAACAUCCAGAGAUCAUUAUAAAACAGAAUAUGAAAAUAAGCUACAUAAUGAAUUGGAACAAAUCAGGUUGAAAACUAAUCAAGAAAUUGAUCAACUUCGAAGUGCCUCUCGGGAAAUGUAUGAACGGGAAAACAGAAAUCUCCGAGAAGCGAGGGACAAUGCUGUGGCAGAAAAGGACCGAGCAGUGAUGGCUGAAAAGGAUGCUUUAGAAAAACAUGAUCAGCUCUUAGACAGGUACAGAGAACUGCAACUUAGUACAGAAAGCAAAGUAACAGAAUAUCUCUAUCAGAGUAAAUUAAAAUCUUUUGAAAGUGAGCGUGUUCAACUUAUCCAAGAGGAAACUGCAAGAAAUCUCACACAGUGUCAGUUGGAAUGUGAAAAAUAUCAGAAAAAAAUAGAGGUUUUAACUAAAGAAUUUUAUAGUCUCCAAGCCUCUUCUGAAAAACGCAUUACUGAACUUCAAUCACAGAACUCUGAGCAUCAGGCAAGGCUAGACAUUUAUGAGAAAUUGGAAAAAGAGCUCGAUGAAAUAAUAAUGCAAACUGCAGAAAUUGAAAAUGAAGAUGAGGCGGAAAGGGUUCUUUUUUCCUAUGGCUAUGGUGCUAAUGUUCCCACAACAGCCAAAAGGCGACUAAAGCAAAGUGUCCACUUGGCAAGAAGAGUGCUUCAGUUAGAAAAACAAAACUCGUUGGUUUUAAAAGACCUGGAACAUCAAAAGGAGCAAGUAACACAGCUUUCACAAGAGCUUAACAGGGCCAAUUCUCUGUUAAACCAGACUCAACAGCCUUACAGAUACCUCAUUGAAUCAGUGCGUCAGAGAGAUUCUAAGAUUGAUUCCCUGAAGGAGUGUAUUACACAACUUGAGAAGGAUGUCAGCAAUUUAAAUAAAGAAAAGUCAGCUCUAUUACAGAUGAAGAACCAAAUGGCAUUAGAUUUAGAACAACUUCUAAAUCAUCGUGAGGAAUUGGCAGUAAUGAAACAGAUUGUCACCAAUAUGCGUAGUAAGCAUUCUGAGGACCAGUUACUUCUUACUAAAACAGAUGCAAAAAAUAUGACAGAGAAUCAUAAGUCAAAGACUUUAAAUGUGCCUAGAGGACACGAAGACAAUAUAUUUAUACCCAAACCAACACUCUUUACCAAAAAAGAAGCACCAGAGUGGUCUAAGAAAGAAAAGAUGAAGACCUAGUGUUUUGGAUGGAUUUGCUCAAUCAUUAUUUCUCCUGAAGUUCUUUCUCUGAUGAACAAAAAGUUUGUCAUAAUCAUGUACUUGGUGUUUUUUUAAAUGACUAAAGUUUAUUUUAACUGAAUGUUAAAUUAACAGAUUUUAGCAGGAUAAUCAAAAUGUAUGAAGAGCAAACAAUAAUAGUACACUUUGUAUUUGGUUUUAUCUGUUUUGUUACAAAAUAAAUAUAUACUCUUCUGAUUUAAA